AAUCGUUAGGUUGCGCAAAAGCUGCAGUUUCAGUUUGUUUUAUUCACCAUUUUGAGUAGCUGAAGUCUCUUACCAUUUUAACCUCUACAGUAUUCCUGCAAAAUGGCAAGACCAGUGAGGAACAGAAAGGUGGUGAAUUACUCCCAGUUUAACGAAUCUGAUGAUGGAGAUGAGGACUAUGGCAAAGACAAGGAAACGGUAAAGAAGGUUCGUGCUCCCCCUCGUGAAGUCAAGCACAAGAAGCCUAAGAACUCGAAGGAUGACAGUGAGGAUUCAGAUGACAAACUCUCCAAAUCCAAAAAUGAUUCUGCGGAUGACUUGGGUAGUGAUGAAGACAACAACUUUGGAGAGGAGGAAGAUGGAGGAAGUGACUAUGAUGAUAAAAAAGUCAAAAAGGCAAAGAAAGCAAAGGUGGAGAAGCCGGGCAAACGGUCACUGAAGAGGAAACGAGGUGGAGAUGACAGUGAUGAUGAUAAAGAAGUGAGCAGGAAACCCAGACAGGUGAGGCAGGCUGCAUCGAAGGCUGUGUCUAAACAGAGAGAAAUCCUGCUGGGAGAUGGAGGCAGUGAGGAUGAGGAUAAAGAUGAGGAAGAACAGCAGUUCGUAGACCAAGAGUCAGGCAGCGACGAAGACUUCAUGGUUGAUGACGAUGAUGACAGUGACUACGGACGCUCUAAAAAGAAAGGCAAAAAAGUGAUCCAAAGAGGAAGGAAAGUGGAGAAGAAAGAAAAGAAGUCUCCUAAACCCCGUCUUAAGGCCACAGUGAACCCCAGCCCUGCAAAAGGUAAAGGGAAGGGUCGCCCCAGCGCAGCUAAAGCACUGGAGAAAUCCUCGCCCAAAGACGAUGAAGAACCCGAAAGCCCUCUGGAAGACGAGGAAGAAGAUGAGGUGGAGAAGAAAGAGUCUCCUCCCAAAAAGACAAAGGAAGACGCCCCUGAGGAUGAGGAAGAUGAAGAGGAAGAAGAUGGCUCAGAGGAGGCUCCAUCCGGGGAAGAUUAGCCAUGUCAUCUCGUAUAAAGGCUGCAGUACGAAUGCUUUCAUCUCUUUUGUCAAAGGAGGCAUGCAUGAGCGUGGUGAGACCGGUCCUGAAAAGCAAUUAAUCGUACGGAAUACGUGAAUCUGAGGUCGCACGCAAUGUUGCCGCCUUACGAAGCCUGUUUUUAUUUUAUUUUAUUUUUUUAUACAUAUAUAUAUAUUGUACCGCAAAGUUAAGCAUUACAAGCCAGUGCUAGCUUUGACGCAUACCUGAUUUGUCCGCAGAUUGUAUUGCCGAAUGUUGGGGGAGCUCUUCAAUUAAGCAAAUUACGUUUUAAGAGUAUUGUUGCUAUUUACGCCCUGGAUCAAAUACAUUUGUAAUGUCAUGACAGAGAUUGGCAUAUUUGCACUGUGACGAUGGAGAAGAAUUGUACUAUUCAUACCUUAUGUGUGUUUGCUCGUAAAAUAUAUAUCUGUUGCUGCUUGUUUUUAAGUUUCAGACACAUGAUGUGUAUCCUGUGAUGCAUUUUAAGGGGCUUUUCUGUCUGCAGUGCAUAAAUGGCAUCCUGAUAUGGUUCGAUCCUUCUGCCAGGCAUCUCUGAAUAUUUUCCAUUCGUGCUGUCUAAAUUGGUUUUUAACCUUGCAGUCCAAAAACACGUAUGAAUGUUUUGUUUUUGUGCUUUUAAAAUUUUAUUUUAAAUUGGUUUCAUUUUUGUUUAAUUUUUUCCUCAGAUUUUUUUUUUUGUAAUGUUUGUUUUUUUAAGAAAAGAAAUAAAAUGUAUCUUCAUUUUAAUGACAAA